GUUUCUGCGGCUUGCUCCACGCGGUUUGCCUUUGGGGCGGCCGAGGCUGGGUCCACGCCCCGCAGGCAAGCGCCCCACGGACCGGCCGCCUCGCCUCCUUGCUCAAGUUCACCAGUCGGCUGUGGCCGAGCACAGUGAGCGGAGCGCACACAAGCCCAGCAGUGGGCCGCCGCAAGCCAAAGCGCGCGAGGCGAGGCGAGAGAGGAGAGCGUCGUGUGCUGAGUCGUGUCCCGGCGCGACCCGACUCGUCGUGCGAGCGCGGAGGGAGCGCGCGGAGCCCAGCCCAGUCCGUCGCCGUCGAGCGGCCCAUGUGGACGCGCUGCCGCCACCCCUGGCAGAGAGGAGCAGCUCGAGCAGCACGAGAGCGUGGCUGGUAGCGUGCAAGGAGCGCCGCGCCGAUCAGCUGAGCGCGUCGGUGUGCGCGCGUGUGUUGGAGCGCGUCCGCCGCGCCGGGCCACCCCACUACCACCACCACCCCUUCUGGCAGGGGUCACCGCCGCCUGCACCGCCGUCAGUGUCAACAUCCAAGAAGGGAGGAAGUUCGUGGAUUUAGCCCUUCACUUUGAGCGGGCGUCUCUUGACGCAACCCUAGAUACACCAUGGACUCUGGUCACCGCAUACCGCUCAAACCCAACCCUCGCACGAGCACCAACUUCCUGUCGAAGCUCACCUUCCUGUGGACGCUGCCCAUUUUUCGUCAAGGAUUGAGGAAGGAGUUCGAAGAGUCCGAUUUAUUUCAGCCUUUAUCUGAGCAUGAAUCAGGGUUAAUUGGGGCUAAAUUGGAAACAAUAUGGCAAGAUGUUGUAAAAGAAUCAGAAGGCAGAAAUACUACUCCAAGCUUGAUGAAAGCUUUACUAAGAUGUUUUGGAAAAGAAUUCAUGUGUGUUGGUAUUCCACUUGCUAUAAUGGAAAUGUUUAUUAGAAUAAUGCAGCCUAUAUUUUUAGGCUGGCUUGUUUCUUACUUUUCUGAAGAGUCCAAAGAUGAAGAGUAUGCUGGGUAUGUAUAUGGAGUUUUGGUGAUAGUCUGCUCAGCUCUCACUGUGUGGGUUGUCCAUCCCUACAUGCUUAGUAUUCUUCACCUUGGUAUGAAGAUACGUGUUGCAACAUGCUCAUUGGCAUAUCGCAAGUUACUGCGUCUCAAUCGAGCUGCACUCAAGGAAACAACACCAGGGCAGCUUGUCAACCUGUUGUCAAAUGAUGUGAAUAGAUUUGAUAUAGCAGUUCUCUUUAUACAUUAUUUGUGGCUUGGUCCCCUCCAAACUUUGGUUAUCACUGGUUUUCUCAUUCAUGAGAUAGGCUUGGUGCCAGCUGUGGUUGGUGUUGCCUCACUGCUGGUCUAUGCUCCCCUUCAAGGCUGGUUUGGCAAGCUAGCAUCUGUCUACCGUUUGAAGGUUGCUAUGCGUACUGAUGAAAGGGUACGCCUCAUGAAUGAAAUUAUUGGAGCUAUCCAAGUCAUUAAAAUGUAUGCUUGGGAAGUUCCUUUCCAGAAAAUGGUUGCCCUGGCCCGGAAGCUUGAGAUGAAACAAAUCAUGAAUACAAACUACAUAAGGGGAACUAUAGUCUCAUUCAUAAUUUUUGCCAAGCGUUUUUCUAUUUUUGCGGCACUUUUAACUUUUGCCUUGGCUGGAGAAAAAUUAACUGCCAAACAUGUAUUCAUUGUGACUGCCUACUUCAACAUUCUACAGCAUAACAUGACAGUAUUUUUCCCCCAAGGCAUAACUCAAUUUGCAGAGGGUUUAGUUUCUGUGAAGAGAUUACAGAAAAUAAUGCUUUUACCAGAGCUAAAAAGUGUUCCUCGAAAUGAGCUCAAGAAAGAAGGUGGAAUAACUAUGGUUGAUGCCUGUGCAAAGUGGGAUGACGAACUAACAGAAAAUACUCUGACUGAUAUCAGUCUUAAAAUUGCUGCAGGCUCGCUUGUUGCUGUUGUUGGGCCAGUUGGAGCAGGAAAAAGUUCUAUUCUGAAUGCAAUCUUGGGUGAAUUGGCUCUUGACUCUGGCAGUAUGACUGUUGGAGGAACUGUGUCAUAUGCUGGGCAGGAGCCAUGGUUAUUUGCAUCGACAGUUCGACAGAACAUUUUGUUUGGGGAACCAAUGGACCCAAUUCGUUACAAGGAAGUUGUAAAUGUCUGUGCUUUAAAGACAGAUUUUGCUAUGUUCCCUCAAGGAGAUAGAACAAUUGUUGGUGAAAAGGGUGUCUCUUUAAGCGGUGGUCAGAGGGCUCGCAUAAAUUUGGCCAGAGCUUUGUACCGUCAGACUGAUAUUUAUCUUCUUGAUGAUCCACUGUCUGCAGUGGAUGCUCAUGUUAGUGCACACUUAUUCCAUGAUUGCAUAUCUAAGUACUUGCAUGGAAAAACUCGCAUUUUAGUCACUCAUCAACUACAAUAUCUUCCAUUUGUGGAUCAUGUCUUUGUCCUAAACAAUGGUCAUCUAGUUGCUCAUGGGCCUUAUGCAGAAGUAAAAGAAAAAGGUCUGGCUUCUCUCCUUGGGAGUUCAGUCCACGAUGCUGAAAAAAGUGAGGUAAAAGAAGAUGAUAAUGAGAAAUCUACUCUCUUGAAGCGUGAGCGUGAUUCACCGUCGAGACACUCUAUCAUCAGUCACACUUCAUCCACAGGACAUGACUCCAAAAGAUCAUCCAUUGACCCAUCAAUGAUGGAAUGUGUUCAAUCUGAGGAGCCUGAAGAAAGGGCUCAUGGAGCUGUGGGGUGGAAAAUAUUCACCUCUUAUUUCAUGGCAGCUGGCAACUGGUUUUAUGUCAUUUUUGUGCUUAUGAUGUUUGUUUGGUGUCAGAUAUUUGCAAGUGCUGGAGACUAUUGGAUUACUGUUUGGAUAAGAGUAGAGCAAGACAACUAUUUAAAUCCAAAUUCAAGUACAGUUUCAUCUGAGCCAUGGUAUGGAGAAUGGCCUCCCAACAGAGAGACUUGCAUUUAUGUCUAUACGGUCAUAACACUUGCCACCAUUGUCAUAACACUGGUCAGAUCUUUCCUCUUCUUCCAUAUGUGUGUGCGUGCUUCAAGAUGUCUGCACAAUAACAUGUUUGCAAGUAUCACACAAGCGAAGAUGAGGUUUUUCUAUAACAAUACAUCAGGUCGUAUUCUCAACAGAUUUUCAAAAGAUAUGGGAGCAAUAGAUGAAAUUUUGCCAUUGUGUAUGAUUGACACUUUCCAAAUUGGAGCCCAGCUAUUUGGUAUAAUGGUUUUAGUUUCCGUUAUAAAUUAUUGGCUUAUUAUACCAUUGGUAGUUGUAUCGGUAAUUGGGCUGUGGAUUCGCAAUGUUUUUAUGACAACAUCCAGAACUAUAAAGAGGCUGGAAGGUGUUACACGAAGUCCUGUUUUUAGUCAUAUGACUGCAUCUUUAAGUGGCUUGACAACAUUGAGAGUGUCGAACAUGGAAGUAAAAUUGAUUGAAGAAUUUGACAGACAUCAGGACUUGCAUUCCUCUGCAUGGUACCUAUUUUUAGCAACAAAUAGGGCGUUUGGCUAUUGGCUUGAUCAGCUCUGUUUGAUUUUCAUCACAGCUGUGACCUUUGGGUUUCUUAUUGGAAGCCAUUUAGGUGUUUUUGGAGGAAAUGUGGGUCUAGCAAUAACUCAAGCAAUAUCCUUAACUGGAAUGCUUCAGUGGGGCCUCAGGCAGGAAGCUGAAGUAGAAAACCACAUGACAUCUGUUGAAAGAGUUCUUGAGUAUUCUUGUUUACCUUCAGAGCCACCAUUGGAAGCUCCACCAGAAAAGAAACCUGAUCCACUCUGGCCCAAGGAGGGAUGUAUUGAGUUUGAAAAUCUAUACUUGCAUUAUGAUCCUGAGGAUCCUCCUGUACUAAAAAAUCUCAACAUUAAAAUAAACCCUGGAGAAAAGGUUGGCAUUGUAGGUCGCACAGGUGCGGGAAAGUCAUCUCUUAUCGCUGCAUUGUUCCGUUUGGAGGAGUUACGAGGACGUAUUUCUAUUGAUGGAUUAGACACAGGAAUGAUAGGGGUCCAUGAUCUUCGCAAAAAGCUUUCAAUAAUACCUCAAGAAGCAGUUCUGUUUAAUGCAACAUUGAGGAAAAAUCUUGAUCCAUUUGAAGAGCAUCCUGAUGAUGCUAUUUGGUCAGCUCUGAGAGAGACUGAGCUUAAAGAAGUUGUAGAUGAACUGGGCUUUGGUCUUCAGUCACCAAUCCAAGAAGGAGGAUCUAAUCUUAGUGUGGGUCUGCGACAGCUUGUCUGCCUAGCAAGAGCAAUUUUGAGGAACAACCGGGUGCUUAUUCUGGAUGAAGCUACAGCUAAUGUGGAUCCCCACACAGAUAAACUCAUUCAAAAAAUGAUAAGAAAUAAGUUUGGUCAGUGCACAGUCCUCACAAUUGCCCAUAGGCUGCACACCAUAAUGGAUUCAGACAAAGUGCUCGUCAUGGAUGCAGGUUCCGUUGCGGAAUUUGAUCAUCCUCACAUUCUUUUGAAGAACACUGAUAGUCUACUGUAUAAAAUGGUUCAACAAGUUGGAGGAGCCAGUGCACAGAAAUUGUUUUCUGUUGCUGAAGAGAGCUACCUUGUGGCCAAUUCUUCAUGAGAACUUUGGACUGAUUAAAGGGAAAAUAUCUAAAACAUAAGAUUUUUGUUUGAAGUGGUGCAGUAUGGAUGCCAAAGAGUAUAAAAUUGGGGUGCAAGUUAACUCAAAAAUCAAGAUUGGGCCUCGAUUUGUUCCUUGGGGGAUACCCAUCUUUUUUUCCAAAUGUGUAAUGACAUUCCUUUGGUCUGACAGAAUUCUUGAUUUUGACCUUAAUUUAUCUCUCAAAAGGAGUGACCGUCAUAUUGUUCAUCUGAAUAAUAAUUUAUUGAGUCUGAUUAUGUAUCAGUCUUUAUUGCCAUAUGUGAUUGUUUUAAAUGAAAAAGGCGCUAAACAUGAUUUUACAUUUUCUUGAACUUGAAAUAAUCUGUGAUUGCAGGCACAUACAUUGUGCUCAGGGGGUUCUUAAGUUUUAUUCAUCUAAUUAACCAGUAUUCUUGGAAUAAUAUUAUGUUUUAAACCUCUUUAGAAUUUGUUUCUCUUAACAAAUACUGUUUAUAGAUCUUAUUUAUGAAAAACUGCCUUGUAAUUUUCUAAUGACAAAUAUUUUUACUUGUCUAUUUUGUUUUAUUGCAUUUUGUAAUAAUUAUUAUUAGAUGUACAUUUUUACUGUGUCCUGUAAUAAAUGUUUUAUCACAAA